UUCAGAUUGGUUAGGCUGGUUCGUGCUCGAAAUUGGGAUUUUUUUGAAGGAAAGAGCUUUUGAGACAUUGAAUCAGCCAUUCCAAUCUGAAUCUGCAAACUCUUACCGUCUUACGUCACAGUGGGUAUGUAGUAGCCGUCACUUCUCGUCUUCCUCUGGAGAUUUCUUCUCUCGCUCCCGCUAAACUGCGCCGCGUAUUCCCUCUUCUUCCUCAUCGUUAGGGUAUCCAAAAAAAAUUUCGAAAACCUUCUCUAGGGCUUCAAGGAGAAAGUUAGAUGGAAGGAAGAAGGAUUACAGCUAGCCCUAGACCUUGCAGUGGAAGAAGAGUUGUAGCUAAAAAGAGGUCUCGACCAGAUGGGUUCGUCAACAGCGUUAAAAAGCUUCAACGAAGAGAAAUCUCAUCUCGCAAGGAUCGAGCUUUCUCUAUUAGCACCGCCCAGGAGAGAUUUCGCAACAUGCGUCUCGUGGAGCAAUAUGAUACACACGAUCCCAAGGGACAUUGUUUAGUUGCAUUACCAUUUUUGAUGAAAAGAACUAAAGUUAUCGAGAUAGUUGCUGCAAGGGACAUUGUCUUUGCGCUUGCCCAUUCUGGUGUCUGCGCAGCUUUCAGCAGAGAGACGAACAGAAGAAUAUGCUUUUUAAAUGUAAGUCCAGAUGAAGUCAUCCGGAGCUUGUUCUACAACAAGAACAAUGAUUCUCUCAUCACGGUUUCAGUUUAUGCUUCAGACAAUUUCAGCUCUUUGAAAUGCAGAUCCACUAGAAUCGAGUAUAUUCUGAGAGGUCAGCCAGAUGCAGGGUUUGCCCUUUUUGAGUCUGAAUCGUUGAAGUGGCCUGGUUUUGUAGAGUUUGAUGAUGUCAAUGGAAAGGUGCUUACUUAUUCUGCGCAGGACAGUGUGUACAAGGUUUUUGAUCUGAAAAACUACACCAUGCUAUAUUCGAUAUCAGAUAAACAUGUCCAGGAAAUUAAAAUCAGUCCUGGGAUAAUGUUAUUGAUCUUCAAGAGAGCUACCAGUCAUGUUCCUUUGAAAAUUCUAUCGAUAGAAGAUGGCACAGUUCUCAAGUCCUUCAAUCAUUUGCUUCACCGGAAUAAGAAAGUUGAUUUCAUUGAACAAUUCAAUGAGAAACUUCUUGUUAAGCAAGAGAAUGAGAAUCUCCAAAUCCUUGACGUCAGAAAUGCCGAUCUAAUGGAAGUUAGCAGAGCUGAGUUCAUGACACCAUCUGCAUUCAUAUUUCUGUAUGAGAACCAGCUGUUUCUAACAUUCAGGAACCGAAACGUUUCCGUGUGGAAUUUCCGCGGAGAGCUCGUGACUUCCUUCGAGGAUCAUCUUCUAUGGCAUCCGGACUGUAACACAAAUAAUAUCUACAUAACAAGUGAUCAGGAUCUGAUCAUCUCGUAUUGCAAAGCAGAUACGGAAGAUCAGUGGAUAGAAGGAAAUGCGGGAUCGAUCAAUAUCAGCAAUAUAUUGACUGGGAAAUGUUUAGCUAAGAUAACAUCAAGCAGUGGACCUCCAAAAGAAGAUGAGAGCAGUAGUAGCAGUUGUUUUGGGAAGAGCUCAAAGCAAAGAAGAAACGCUGUGGCUGAAGCUUUAGAAGACAUAACCGCUCUAUUCUAUGACGAAGAACGCAAUGAGAUAUACACAGGAAACAGACACGGCCUUGUUCAUGUGUGGUCCAAUUGAUUUCACAUCACAUCACAUCCUCAGCGUUAGCCACUACUACUUCUAUUGUAUUUUAAGGUUUCCUUCAAUUGUGUGUAGCGUUCAAUUUCUUUAACUUAGUUAUCUUUGAACAGCUAGCCAUUUGUGUUGUUGUGAACUAUUUGGGCAUGUGUUUGUGAGUCAGAAUGCCAAUUAUGUACACUAAUAUCAUUGUACGUAACAUUUGGGUUUGACAAAAUUCUAUUGAAGACCCUUCUAUUUCACUUCAAA